AAGAAAGGAGAAGAAACAAACAACCGCCAACAUGGGGGCUGCGCUGGAUACACCAUCCAAGUGUCCACUGUGCAAUGAGCUAACGCGGCACCCCGUCGUUCUCAGGUGUAAGCACAGUUUCUGCCAGCGAUGUAUCGGCGACCUGUGGAGUAUUCAACCCGCCGGGCCGUUCCGUUGUCCGGUUUGGAAGUGUAACACAUGUUACCAGACGCUUCCUUUUGACAGCUCAAAGUUAUGGCCGCUAAACAGCACUCGACGGCUUUCAAGCCCCAGCAGCUCUGGACUCCUUGGGAAGAGAAAGGCCAGCGAUCCUUCUACAGAGCAGCCUAUCGCAAAACGACCUUCGGCAAGUGAAGGAUCGGCCGUCAUCGAAACACCUGUAAUUUCCCAGCCAGGGAAAACAGAGCUUCUCCCCAGUGUUGAGACAACCAGCAACGGGCUGGGUUCAGCAUCGGAUGAUGCUAGAUCCUCCUCAGAUUAUCGUGAUGCGCUUCAAAGAAGCUCAGAGCAGGAGGAUGACUCCGACUGCUCCGUUGAAGUGGACAUGUUUGGUGUCCCUCCUUUAGUGACGCCCCGACAAGACAGCAGAGUGCCUAGUGCCUCCCCUGAUGACCUUCCUUCAUUUACUGCAGCCUCCACUUCAGAAUUAUCAGUGUCUCCUGGAUGCAAUGUCAAGCAAUCACCAGUGAUCCCAACGCAUGCCGCUGACCCAUCAGGAUCUGUGAGCGGCAUUAGCAUAUUGACCGAGCUCAAGAGAAGAAAUUCGGGCCCCGUGCCGUGCCAUUACUGCCCAAAAACAGUGCAUCAGUCAGCGGUGAGGACCUGUCUGGUGUGUGGGGCAUCCAUGUGUGCUGACCAUCUGCGUCCCCACGUGGAAUCUCCCGUGUUCCAAAGUCACACACUAGUUCCACCCACAGAGGACAUUUCCAUUUGGAGGUGCCAGGAGCACCAGGAGAUCAACCGUAUCUACUGCCGAGACUGCACCUUAUGCGUGUGCACAGUGUGUACGGUCAUAGGUGCACACCGCGGCCACGUCUGCAUCAGCAUCAGGGAGGCAGAGCAAGAGCUUAGAGGUAAUCUGAAAGAGGAGGUCAAACGACUGCAGAAGGUUGAACAACAGGUAAAAGACCGAGUGACUGAAUUCAGUCAGAAAGAAGAAGCCAUCAAAGUAGUUUUGAGUGAGGUCCGGGCAAGUGUGAGUCAGCAGUACGCGACAAUCAGAGAGGCUUUUCAACAAGAGGAACAAUCAGCUCUCCGAUGUGUGGAAGAAGAAGAGAGUAGAGUUGUGGGAAGCCUGGAACAGAAGUUGGGCCAUCUUCACUACUCUCUGCGCUCCAUCCAGAAUGGCCUUCACACCUUGGAGACAUUAGUUGAUGCUAAGGGGGAAAAUGUCAUCAGGGACCAAGCAUUCAUUAUGGAAUACAGCAAAGUCACCCAACUUUCUAGGAAAACUUGCGCGUAUCCGCUUGACGUUCCAGAGGAAAUGAAUGAAGCCCGGCUGAAAUGUCUUCAGCGGUGGACUGAGAAACGUCUGGAUGUGGUGGUCAUCUCUGAGUCCAAGAAGAACAGAGAGCUAUAUGUUGUGCUUUAUGGCACUGUCCCCAUCUUGGAUGAGAAUACAGCCCAUCCCAAGCUGCAAAUGUCAGAUAACAACAGGAGAGUGACCUACACUGAGGCCCAGCAGGCUUUCAUCAACCAAGAAGCACGCUUCAGCUCCUUCCCACAGGUGCUGGCCAAGCACGGUCUUCAAGGAGGUCGCUGGUACUGGGAGGUGGAAGUACCUGUGGAUGAAGGCCGCUGGAAGGUGGGAAUCUGCGAUGCACGCAUGGAGAGGAAAGGUCAAAGGGACAGCUCCCAUUUGGGCCACAACGCAUUCUCCUGGUGCCUGGCAUCCGACAGGAAAAAGCUGGCAGCGCUGCACAACAAGGCAGCGACGCCUGUGACUGCAGACGGACUGCGACGGGUAGGAAUAUUUCUCGAAUAUGACGAGGGGGUGUUAACAUUCUUUAAUGCGACAACAGGGGGCAGUCUUGCGCCAAUGCAUUACUACAAGCACACGUUUACUGGGUGUCUGUAUCCUGCCAUAUCUGUGUCGAAAACCCAGCUGGCUAUCUGCAGUGAUCUAUUUGAGCUGUAACUGGCUUUUUUUUCAUUAUCAUCUUUAAGCUAGGAAUAACCUACCAUUCAUUUUCAGGGCAAAUUUAUUGAAUAGAGUUAAAAUAGAUGUAAUGUUUACCAUUUUCAUGCAACGCAAGUGUUUAAAUGCGGAAGAGCGAAUUUUAAAUCCAUCAACAUUUCUCAAGCCUCACAAAAUCUAGAAAAUGCAGGAAACCAUUUUCCAUGCUUCCUUUGAUUCCACAAUGUAAAAAACUCAUCCUCAUCCCAUACCUUUAACCAGAGGUGGAUAGAUAAGCCAAAAUGUUUACUCAAGUAAGAGUAGCCUUACUGAGAAAUAAUAUUACUCGAGUAAAAGUAAAAGAAGUCCUCCAAAAAAUUGACUUAAGUGCAAGUAUUUGGUGAAAACAAUAUUCUAGUAAUGAGUAACUGCUUACAAUGUCAUAUUUUUAAAUUAUUGUAGAUUUUCCUUUCUCAGUCACUUAUAUGAACUGUUGUUAUUAUACUCUGUACUAUGACCCAUUACAUGACCAAUAUUGUAGGCCAAAAAUACACAAAAAACAGCCAUUCCCAACCACAGAAAUCUACAGAAAUGAAACAUCACCUAUUCACAGAGCAUGAGUGCCCUCUAGAGGAGAAAACGUUCCCACCAUGAAAUUAAGAUGAUUAUCGCACCGCUUUUCAGUGGUCUACCGGUGCCAAAUAAAAACUGUAGAACAAAGAGGGAAAAUGUAGUGUAGCAGAGUAAGAGUAGUGUUUAUUCUUAACAAAUCUACCAAAUUAAAAAGUAUGACAUGGUAAAACUACUUAGAAGUACAUAUUUCUCAAAAAAUGACUCAAGUAAGUGUAACAGAGCAAAUGUAAUGCGUUACUACCCACCUCUUUGUUUAAUAACAUAUAAAUGUCAUCUUAACAACAUAUAAAUGUCAUCUUUUUUAUUCCAACGUCAAACUUUUCAACUCAUUCAAGAGAUCUUGGGAACAAUUUUCCACAUUCCAGUAAGUCCUGCUCCCCAAAAUGCACACUAAAAAUCCCCAAAUUCUGAGAUUGUAUAUUUUUACCUCUUUCCAUAUUGCUUGACUUAUUCAAAACAUUCCAACUUCGAAGUGUCAGCUCUUCAGUAUUUACACGCAUUUUGGUAAUAACUCAAUUUUACGUUUUUGCAUUUUUGCUAUCCUAACCUAAGCAUGUUUCAGGUGCAGGUAAGCAGUCAAUCAUUGAAUUGUAUUCAGUAUCUGAUCAUUUUGUUUGCUUUACAGUCUAUCCUGUAUUUCAAUAUUUCAACAGAAAUAAUUAAGGAAAAUAAACAUGGAACUUUUAUUAAGUCUGUGUGGUCACUCACUGGCGCAUCAUUUGAGUGGCAUUCAAAAGGUACUACGGUGACAUGAGCCCCUUUCUCUUUGCUCAAACUAGCACACCCCCACCCGCCAUUCUGGUUUUACUGCACAGAGAUGAACAGUGUGUGUGGAUUUGAUACUCUUACCUAUCAUAUGGAUAAGCAAGCUACGAUGAUAUCAUUCAUAGGUUUAAUAAUAACGUAUUGGAUUUAUAUAGCACUUUUCAGGACACUUAAAACGCUUUACGUUGCAUUAUUCUUUCACUUAACAGUAGGUGGUGGUAAGGUACUAUUGUUGCCACAGCUGCUGUGGGGCAGUCUGACAGAAGUGAGACAGCCCAUUGGCGCCAUAGGUCCUUCUGACCUCAGUCAUACUCAUACUACUUUCACAUAGGUAAGGAGGGUGAAGUAUCUUUGGACCAGUGAUCAAGUGUUUGUGGACUACCACAUGGAGAAUAUUGGUCCACAUGCCCAAUUAAUCAUUUUUUCCCCUCAGGAUUAUUAACAUAGAGCUAUUAAAAACACGCAUUUCAUACAAUUAAGGUUUAUUAUGUGAUAUUCAAUUUGUGCAUUUACAGUUGUGGUCAAAAGUUUACAUUUGUGAAGAACAAUGUCAUGGCUCUCUUGAGUUUCCAGUUAUUUCUACAACUCUGAUUUU